CCCCAAUCUCCCUCCACGAGCGUCCCGAAAACAUCAUCUUCCUCAGCGAAGCCGAGCUGCGGCUCCGUCUAACCCCGAUCUUCCGCCCUAUGGUCGGCGUCGUCGGACGCCGCGUAAGGGACCAUCUCGGCCUGGAAGAGCAGCCCCCCGUUAAGUUCGACAUGUACCCCGUACAGGUCGACGAGCGGGGGCGCUCGCCCGCGAUAAGGUGGCGCACGCUGUCGCGCGCGCCCGUGUACUGCGUCACUUUGCCGCGUGCGGGCACGAACGAGGCCGUAUUGCAGGAUCUUGCCGACGCGCUGAAGGAUACGUUGGCGAGCUAUCCGAAUCCGUGGUACCGGCAGGCCGGGUACGUAUUCCGCGUGUCGCGGUCGGCGGCGGGGCAGAGGAGGAGGUUCUGGGUCCCGCCGCUGUGCGUGUACAAGUACUCGCGGAGCCGGGAGGCGUACCGCGCGCUGUUUAUAGAAGUUUCGGAGGAGCGCGUGGAGGAGGUGGAUGGGUUCCACGAUUACGGCGAUACGAGCGAGGAUGAUCAGGGCGCGCUGGUGGAUGAGAUGUGGGAGGAUGUGAGGAUGAGGAAUGCGUAUGGACCUUGGGCUGCGAAUACGCAGUAUUUAUGAUCAUCCGGGGGGUCGUGAGAAAAGGGGCGUGAAAAGGUUAUGGGGGUGUGAGAAUUUAGG